AUGACUGAGUCAAACUUAUCAAAGAGUGACCUCUUAGAAAUAUGCAGUAGCUUAGGUUUAUCAACUGAAGGAAAUAAAAUAGACCUAAUCCAAAGAUUGAAAGAAAAUCUCAGCGUAUUGGAUAUAAACCCUGAAGGGUGUACACAGACCCUAAGAGACCUAUUACAAACCGAAAAAUGUACCACAUGGGGAAUACCCUUGGACAACUUACCAAGAAAUGUGGAGAAGUUACCAGAUUGUCAGUCACAAGUGGAUAGAGAAACGAAAAAGCGGAAAUCACUUGCAGAAGAAGACAUCUCAAGUUCCUUAGAAGAUAAGUUGUUGCUAGGAUUUGAAAAAUUAGAAUAUGCAUUGUUAAACUAA